AUGCUGGUGAUAGUCCGACUCCAGGAUCAGACGUUACCCUUUGAGCUUCCGGCUGGCGCACGCGCAUCCCAGCUUUCGAACCUGCUCUCUAGCUCUGGCAUGGCCUUUUCUCUCCACACGCAGGGUCGUGUCCUCUCGGAGGCGGCUGAGCUCAAUGAUAAGAUGGUUAUCGACGCGUUUGUCCCUGCUGAUGGCGCCGGUAAAGACAAAAAGCGCAAGAAGAAGGCGCACAAGACCCCCAAGAAGAUCAAGCACGAGCCCAAGAAGGUCAGGCUUGCCUGUUUGAAGUACUACACGAUCAAGGGGGAUACCGCAGAGCCCACGCGCGAGUACUGCCCCAACUGCGGACCGGGAAUCCGCAUUGCCAGGCACGCGGAUCGAUGCCACUGCGGCCGCUGCGGCUUUGCAAAGUAA